GAGACAGCCAGCUAGCGCUUGCCAAUGGCGACCUGCGCAGUUUGUUCAAGGCCAGGGCAUGCUCGAUGCGGGCAGGAGUUGUGGCUCGAGGAGCGGCUGGCCUGGCAGAGGUCUCGAGCGGAGGACGGCUUUGAGUGCGUGGGCGAAGUUUCCAAGCCUGCUGAUCCUGCGCCAGUGCUUCCUUUGCAAGGCCAUAGUUCGCGGCCCGAGCUGGAGCUCAGCGAGGCGGACCGGCUGAAUCUGAGAAGUUGCCUUUCUGCUACCGUCGGUCCAUAUCCACCACUCAGGCGGCGAUAUCCUUUGAAGGUGGCGAUACAGGCAGCGGUGCAAAUCUGGGAAGUGGAGAGUCCACUCUUUUCUGAGCAGGGAAGUCCCGUGACACGGCUGGCAAACGCCGCUCGCGAGGGCACUCAGGAGUUCCUCCUGAAGACCGCGGCGGCCGGCUCCAGCUUCAUGAGCUGGAGUCAGAGCCUGCUGGGCUCCGCGACCAAGGCCUUGCGAAGCCCCAGUCGGGAACCAAAGGACAAGACUUUGGUGGACUCCUUGCGGAAUCGCGGAGGCGUUGUCAUUGAGCAGCAAACACUCUGAGUUGCAAUCUAGAUGUAUCCCUGCCAUUUGUUCAGCACUUGCUCAGGCUCGAUGAGUCUCGAAUCUGCGUGCUGCUUGCAUGGGGUAGCACUGGCUUUGUCCAGAACUUGUUUGUGCCAAACGUUGGGCCUGAACUUCAUUCGGCAAAUCCGAGGCAAACGCGCGCGGGCGGGAC